AUGCCCGCGCGCACUCGUCAAGGUCCCUCCGUCGCGACGGAGGUCGUGGACCAUGAAGAUAUCUCCGGUGGCCUGCGCCGCCUCAAGUUCAACGAGCCGCUCUCCUGGCGCGUAGGACGGUCCGCCAUUCCCGUGGCCGACCUACUUCAGCGGCUGCAGACUCUGGCGCAGGAGCUUCGCAAACUCGAGCAGGAGGAGAUCGAUAAUGAUUCGCUUAAGAAAGUGUCGCAGGAGCUCGCCACUGCUCAUCUGCUGGCGCAUAAGGAUAAAGGUGUACGGGCUUGGACGACCUGUUGCAUCGUCGACGUCUUGCGCCUCUGUGCUCCCGACGCGCCUUUCACGGCAGAUCAACUCAAGGACAUCUUUACCUCUAUAGUCAAAUCCAUCAUUCCCGCAUUAGGGGACCCAUCAAACCCUUACAAUGCUCAGCAUAUCUACGUCCUGAAUUCUCUCGCGGAGGUGAAGAGUAUUGUGCUCAUGACAGAUCUAGACCACCCAGACAACCUGAUCAUACCGCUAUUCACAAGCUGCUUUGACAUCGUCUCUGGGUCCGCGCAGAACUCCACGGGGGAGGAAGUCGCCAAAAAUGUUGAGUUUGAUAUGACGCGCCUCCUGGUGACGGUCAUCGACGAAACGCCCGUCCUGGCGGCCGAUGUGGUGGACGUCAUCGUGGCACAGUUCCUGCGCAUCGAUCCCCGCGCCAUGGAGCUGCCUUACAAGAGAGGAAGGAAAGGCGAUACACCGAUUGAUGCCAAGCAGGGUACGCUCCUCCUCAAGGACUACCCUCCCGCCUACAAUAUGGCAAAAGCUAUUUGCCAAGCAUGUCCCGAGAGAAUGACUAGCCAUAUCAGCCAGUAUUUCAACAAUGUCAUCAUUGACGCUUCAGCUCCUGCGGAGGGCGCAAAUGGAUCUUCCAAGGGUGGCCACCGACGGCCAAAUCUCGAUGACUCGGACGAAGAAGGAGAGGAUAUCAAAGAGCUGAGCAAAGCACAUCGCCUCAUCCGAGAACUGUGGAAAGCAUGCCCGGAGGUAUUGCAAAAUGUGGUCCCCCAAUUGGAGGCCGAACUGUCCGCAGAGUCUCUAUCCCUGCGCUUGCUGGCUACACAGACGAUUGGUGAUUUGACGGCCGGAAUCGGGGUUGCUGGUCCACCCUCGCCUCCGCCAAUGGAUCCUGCAGCCUAUCCACCGGUGACCCUGGCUGAAUAUGCUCAGACCGUUCCGCAGCCCAGUGUUCUUCUGACGCCAUUCUCACCAAAGCCCUUCUCGCAAACACACGGUUCUACCUACGAGAGCUUCCUCAGCCGACGUCUGGAUAAGUCGGCUUCGGUCCGAGCUGCCUGGGUGACUGUUGUCGGUCGAAUCCUGUUAACGUCCGCAGGUGGCUCUGGAUUGAGUGAGAACGAGGAGCAGAGUCUUAUCAAGCAUGUGGCGAACAUGCUCCGUGAUGCUGACGAUAAAGUGCGUGUCGCUGCCGUGGAUGCAAUCAGCAAUUUCGGUCUGCCUUAUGUUGUGAACAAACUCGGAGUUAGCGGGGGCUUCUCGACUCCAGACUCGGUGCUUUUUGUUCUUGCUGAACGAGUCAAAGAUCGCAAACCGCUGGUGCGGGAGCAUGCAAUGAAGACCCUGGCGCGGAUCUGGGCUGUCGCGGCCGGUGAGAUCGAACGGGACGAUGAGGUCGUCGCUCCCCUGCUCAAGGAUGGACCAUCGAAAAUAUUCGAUGCCUUCUAUACAAAUGACCAGGAUAUUCACGUCUUAAUUGACCGUGUCCUGUUCGAGAUCCUCAUCCCGCUCAACUAUCCUCCUGUCAAGGCCAAGUUGACCCGCAGCAGCUCUACUCAGUCGCAGAAGCAGAAGGGAUCCCAGGCAUCGGAGGGCGACUCGGAGGUUGAUGUAGACAAGGUCCGCACUCGUCGUAUUCUGACCCUUUUGAGGGGUAUGGAUGACAAGGCCAAGAAGGUCUUCUUCGCUAUGCAGGCCCGGCAAAUAUCGAUGAGAACUGCAAUGACCAUCUAUUUGCAGGCCUGCGAGGAUUACAACGGUGGUGUCAUGGAGAAGGAUCAAGACCGGAUACAAGCUCAGUUGAGUAAAGUCAUCGACACACUAUCUAAAACGUUCCCCGAUCCAUCGAGGACAUCUGCAGAUCUAUGGAAGUUCGCGAAGGUGCAUGAUCGACGUGGCUACCAGCUUAUUCGCUUCGCUAUGGCCGCCGUCAGCGAUUAUCGGACGGUUGUCAAGGCCAUCAGAGAGCUCGCGAGGAGGAUACAGAGUGCCAACAAUACCCCGCUACUUGAGACCCUUACACCUCUAUUGUAUCGCAGCAGUUCGCUUGUGUUCAACCGGAGUCACAUUCCGGCUGUCAUGAGCCUUUCGAGGACAGACGAGAACGGACUGGCAAAUCCUGCCCACGAGAUGUUGCGAGAGAUUUCCUCCCGCAACCCUGAGGUCCUAGAGGCACAAGUUCAAGAGAUGUGCAAAGACCUUGAAUCACAGGCGCCGAGCGCCACCACCAAGGAUAGCGCUGGUACGGAAGAGAUUCUCAAAGCAUGCUCCGGGUUCGCAAAGAAGCUGCCUUCCAAGCUUCCUAAGGAGCGGAAAUUCUUCCAGGCCCUGGUCAACUAUGCGCUUCACAGCCCAUCGCCCAAGGCCGCCAAACAUGCCGUUUCCAUCCUCAUGGCUGUCGCCGAUAAGAAGGAGAUGUACGCCAAGGAUCUGAUCCACAAGUGUGUCUCAGGAUGGACUUACGGAUCUGAUCGUUUCCUCACCAAGCUGGCCACCCUGUCCCAGCUAAAUCUGUUGGCGUCUAAGGAGGCAGAUGAUGAGCGUGAAGCGAUCAUCUCGAUCUCUGUCAAUCAGGUUCUACUCUCGAAUCGCUCGCCACAACCAAACGCUGAAUAUUCGUGGUCAGAUGCCGUGGAUGACGAGACUGUGGCGAAAGAAUGGGCUCUCAAAAUCAUCGUUAACCGCCUCAGAGCUAAGGUCGUUUCUGACGACGCGGACGACUUCCGUGCCCAUGCAGAGCCUGUUUAUGAUACCUUGAACAAACUUAUAAUGAAUGAUGGGGAGCUUUCGAAGAAGAAAGACACACCGGCAACUCAGAAACCGAGACUGCGUCUCCUCGCAGCUAGGUCAAUGCUGAAGUUGUGUGCGACGCACGGUAUCUGCGACCAAUUGCUGACGCCAAAGGAGUUCAACUCGAUUGCCCUCGUCGCACAAGACCCUGUCCUAGAGGUCCGGAGUGGCUUCAUCAGUCAGCUCAAGAAGAAGCUUGUACAACAAACCCAUUUGAGCUACCGUUGGUACACAGUCCCCUUCUUGCUUGCGUUUGAGCCACACGCUAGCCUGAAGGAGAGCACUCUCACCUGGCUGCGCUCUCGUGCAGCAUACUUUUCCCAGCAGAUGAACGGUAAACGAAGCGACCAGCAAACAGUCAUGGAGUCUAUAUUCUCGCGCCUUCUCUCUCUUCUCGCGUACCAUCCCGACUAUCCGCCAGCGGAUAUGGACGAUUCCACCGGGAUUGAGGAAUUGACCGACUUUGCACGCUACAUCUUGUUCUACCUUCAAGCAGUGGCCAAUGAACACAACCUUUCGCUGAUCUUCCACAUCGCCCAGCGGGUCAAGCAAACACGUGACGGCAUCACCAAAUCUGAUGAGAUCAGUACCCGCCUUCAUACGCUUUCCGACCUCGCCCAAGCGACCAUUCGUCGGUUUGCCGACAUCUACGCUCAACAACGCAGAUUCGGUGGCGCAAGCGGCGGCGCCAGCAUUCUCCAGACCUACCCUGGCAAGAUGGGCGUGCCCAGCUCCAUCUUCGCGCCGAUGGGCAGCCAUCGCGAAGCGCAGGAGGUGGCCGACAAGAACUUCUUCCCCGAGGAUGGCGAAGAUCUGCUGGACCGCGUCGUACGGUCCGUCAUGAAGACCAAGAGCGGGUCUCAGGGGGCUGCAAAGAAGAGAAAGCCUGAAUCGAACGAGGCGGGUGGCGUUACUGGUUCCGCCAAGAAGGCAAAGAAAGAGAAGCAGGAAAAGCCGGCCCGGCCUCCGCGCAAAUCGUCCGGCUCGGCUGGAACAUCCAAGGCGCCGCCGAAGAGGAAGAAGAAGGAUGAGGAUGGAUGGACCUCUGACGGAGGCGCUGGUGGUGUUGGGGCUACCUCGGCUGCUGCUCGGCGACGGAGCAGCCGCGGAGCGUCUAGGAGGGUUAGUUACGCCGAUCGAGACAGUGAUGAGGAUGAUAUGGAGAUGGACGAUUGGGAUCAGAAUCAAGAACAAGAAGAAGAGGAAGAAGAGGACGAGGAGGACGAGGAGGAACAGGAACAGGAGUCCGAGAACGACGAGCCAGCCGAGGCGGCCGCGGACAGCGAGGAUGACGAUGCCACCAAGGAGAACCACAAGCCCAAUCCGUCGGGCAAGGAAGCGAACCAGCCAUUAGACGAGGACCUUGAUGACGACGACCUCUCAGAGCUAAGCUCCCCAUUAUCAUCGCCGCCGCCCAUCUCUCCCCCCAAGAAAGCAGCCAGUGGCCGAGCAGCGCCCCGCGGCAAAGGCAGUGCAAGUCUAGCGACCCGACGAUCUUCUCGCAGAUGA